UGGAGAUUACACUGUCCAGCUGAGUGUUAUGUACUAACAAGAGCCCUGCCACCCCCAUUCCGCAUCGACUCCCCCGCCUCAGUACAAAGGGAACUCCCUGGGAGAGUGACUGUCAGAUCAGCCCGCUGGGGAACAGUGUGGAGUGGCCCUCGCUGAGAGGGCCAGGCUCAGUCAGACUUUGGACAGAAGAGUUUCCCUUUCCCCGCUGCAGGUGCCUGGUCCUGCAAAACUUGGCAAUGGAGGCUUCUGCGAGCCCCGCUGCCUGUGAGAAUGCUCCGGCCCCAGGAGAGGGAGGAGCUGCCGCCCAGGUGAGGCAGGUGCAGAGCCUGGGCUCAGGUGAGUCCCAGGCCGUGGGAAGUGACUGCUCCCCGGCCAGCACAGACACACCAAAAACUGCCCUCGGACUCAGGAUCCAGGUCUGGGAAGCUGGGUUUGUCUCCCAGACGCUGCCUCAGAGGAAAGCCAUGGAUGAGGAAAGAUUAAGAAACUUCAAGGAACUACAAGCUAAAUUUCAAAAGCUUGAUGUGCCAUCUCUUCCAGGACCUAUUCAGUUCCCAGCAAGUGUUUCUCACAAGGGGGACGUUGGAAGCACACAGUCAGUGAGGACCUGGGCCAGCGGGAAUCCGCUCUCAUCCGACCACAGUCAGCCUCCACCAUAUCCUUCCGGUGGUGAACCCCAGCCUCUUGAAGCCCAGAAAAUGCAGCUGGCACAGAGGAGUGAGAUUCAGAAGUGUUUCAAUUCCCCAGGCCCUCCGGGAGGGUUUGCUUAUCCUGCAGUGAAUUCACAGAAGGCUUCUCUGCUUUUAGACAUGAAUCAGGCAAACGCUAAGAUAACCAAUGAGAAGAAAUUGGUGGUGACCAGCAGCUUCAGAAACAAGCUCUGGAACUGGGAGAAGGUUUCAUCUCAGAGCAGUGAAAUGUCAUCGGCCUUCCGCCUCGCCGAUCGUGGAGGCAGGGCUUUCCAUCCAGGAGACCAGAAAAGCACAGGCCUUACUAUUCCAGAGGGGCCCAGGAAAGAGCUGCAAAUAAAAGGAUCCCAGACUCUUCCUUCCCAGAGGCACUUGAUGGCCCAAAGGAAAUCAUGUGCAAAGAAAACCAGCUCAGAAGAUCCCACUUUUCCACUUUCUCCACAUGGAAGGAAGAGCCUGGAAAGGUCCCAUCCUGAGAGGGGCCCAGUGGGGAGCACCUCCCGGCCUAUCUACGAGAGGGAGCUUGCCGGCUGGCCCCCAGAGAAACAGCUGGAUGUCAAGCAUCGCCAGCUUCCCAAAACAAAGCCACUGCCUUCCGUGGAAUCCCUGGGUCCUCCUCCCACGAAGCCACCAAAGCCUCCAGCCGUGAACCUGCAGGCCUUCCAGAGGCCGACAGCUGCCUUUCCCAAGAGCCACAGGGAAGCAGCUGUGGAAGAAGGCUACCUGCCUCUAGAGAGUGCCGAAUUGGAAGAACCGCAUAAUUAUGAGACAACAAUUUCAUAUCUGAGACACUCUGGCAAUUCUAUUAACCUGUGCACCGCAGAAGAAAUUGCUGAUCCAACUUAUGAAGUUGGGAUUGAAGAACUCCAAAAGCCUUGGAAGAGUUUUCUCCACCACGAACUUAGCCCUGAACGUGAAGAUGAUGAUAAAAAAAUAAAGGAAAAAGAGCCAGAUGAAUUGAAACCUCAAAAAAGAGAAAGGGACCUACCUUCAGGCCACCUUUUUGAGGUGGGUGCCUAUGAAAAGACACCAGGCCAAGUCCCAGUGAUGAAGGUUCACAGACAUAUGGAGAGCGUGCUGGCCAGAAAGCAGGAUGCUGUGACUGACACCUUCCGGACAAAGGCCUACCCCAAGGACCCGAAGCUGGCCAGGCACUUCCAAAGCCAAUGUGGGUACGUGGAGGCCUUGGAGGUGACUGCAGGAACACCAGGCCAAAGGCCCUUUAAGCCCAGUUCCACCUCAGAAGAGACCUAUGAUGAUGUUGAGUACCCUGGGAGAAAGGGAUCAAGGUCAGACUUCUCGAGCUCAUUUGUCUCCGAUAGUGAAGAAAAUAGUAAAGAAAUGUAUGAAGAUGUAUACAAAACAAAGAGCAACUCCACCAAGAUAGAUUUAGAUGGAAAGGCACUUAAGAGACUGCAGAGAUUCUUCAAGAAAGAAAAGGAUAGAUUUAAAAUGAAGACGACCAAGUUGAAAGAAAAUGUAAGUGCAUUUUCCAUUUCGCUGCCCAAUUUAGAACUUAGGUCUCAGGAAGUUAUCAUCCAUCAUGAUGUGAACAUAAGUGAAAAAGAGUCAAAAGAUGAAGAUAAAGUAAAAAUUUGGAAGCCCAAGCUUUUUAAACCAAAGGGGAAAAAAGGCGCUGAAGAGUCAGAACGUCUAUCACCUGGAAAUUUCUUCAGAACCAAGCAACAAAACUUAGAAAAGGACAGAACAGAGAGAGAAAAACUUUUUAGAGAAAGAUUUGAGUAUGACAAAGAGAUCACUGUCAUCAACACAGCAGUGGCCUGUUCCUGGAAUUCAAGAAAGGGAACAUUUGAUUUGCCCAUAACCCCUGGAGAAGAACUGGAAGUCAUUGAUAUCGCUGAAGAAAAUCUGGUGAUAUGUCGCAAUUCUAAAGGCAAAUAUGGACAUGUGCUAAUUGAACAUCUAAAUUUCAAGCAUCAAGGCUGGUCGCCUUAGGAAGAGUGACAUCAAAUGUAUGGACGCACAAGUGAGAACCAGUGCUAAGUAAGACACGAGUCCUGCUCACACCACUUCCAGUUUACGUUGUCAAAAUGAGAUGGUGGAAACUUCCGUUAGGACCUUAGGAGAGAAAACAAACCCUCCACAUUCAGUUCAUUUUGCUCCUAAAAGGUUAUCUUUCCGUGUGUAUUUUAAGAAUCUAUUUCACUGGCUGGCUCAGAAUGUGAAACUGUGUGUGCCAGCAUUUGGGCACUUCUCAAUGAGCCGCAUCCACGGUAGGGAAUCACGCCUGCCAGCACUACCCAGUGAGCUGUACAGAUGGUGAGCACGAUUCUCGUCUCAGCCCAUGAGUGUUUAGAAUUUCUAAAAGAUGCUGUCCAUUUAAAUUGGGUGUAAUUCUGGAAAAAUAGCAUAACCAAGUUCUUUUAAAUACUCGAAGUGUAAUCUUGAAAUACAGUUCAGUCUUUAAAAAAUCAAGAUCUAAGUGUUCCGCUUUAUCACAAAACCAAAGUUGGACCCAAAAUGUGGCUCAGAAUUGGUUUCUUUUGGGAACCAUAUACUGGAAAGUAAUUUAUUCAUAAAUUCACCCAACAUCAAAUUAUGCUGUAUUGGUUUAAAAUAGCUUGUUGUCCAAAUAGUGAUACUUACUGUCUAUUCAAAUAACAGAAUUCACAUAUAUUUUUACUUAUAUAAAAGUAAAGAAAAUUAAGCUGAGCUGUUAACAUUCUGUAUUUCAAAUGAUGUACACUGCCUCUUAAGAAGGGAGAUUCUGGCCUUUGGGGUGUGAAUUUACUCCAUGGUCUUAUUCUUUAUACUAUGAGAUUAUUUCUUAAGAUUCUAGUUUCUUUCUUUUUCAAGUUCCAAGUGGCAUUUGCCAAAAAAGGCCAACCUCAUUCUAGAAGACAAGAACUAAAUGUAUUACAGAGUUCAGAGAGGGAAAUAGAUAUGAAUGAAAUGCCUAGAAGAUUAAGGUUUCACAGAGAAGGUGGCGUUGAAGCCUGGUCUAAUCACAGCACAUUUGCCAGACAAGGCACAGAAAUGGCAAGUCCACGCCGUCUGGCAACUGGGAAGAAACCGAAGGGAAAUGGACUGUGCUGUGUCUGGUGGGAAAGGACAAGAGGUGGGAUGGGGUAAGUUGGAGGUAGAAUGUGACAGAGUUCUUAUCAAAGGUCUUCUUCAGGAAGGUGAUGCCAGAUGUCUAGGCAGAAAAGAAAAAACAAUCACAGCAAUAUGGGUGGUAGCUUAGAGAGGAGAGGCUAGUUGUUUUUGCAGUAUUCUAGGCAAAAGAGCAUCUGACCACAAGACAGCAGCAAUACAAACAUACAGGACAGGAGCCCCAUUAGUUACAAAGGUAAGGAAACAGAUGUCAUGAUGACUUAUUAGACGUGAGAGAAAGAAUGAGGGAAUGACUCCAAGAUUUCUUUUUUGGGAGCUGAGAUUAAGGUACCAAAAUUGGGAAUAUAUUUCUAUUUGGAUCCCCCUGGAUUAAAUGACCUACUCAGUGAGAGGCAGGGCAUUCGGGUAACUGCAGCCCCUCCCGCACCAUGCUCAGACCUGCCCCGUGGGCACUAUGGCAGAAGGGCAGGACAGGCAUGGCCUAUGGGCAAGGAAGGAGGUGAAGAGCAGAGCCCUGUCGUGGAAUAACCCUGUAAAAAAGAGAAUCCUACACCACGGUACUCUUGCCACCUGGCCAAAACAUGAAGAAUUUUAAACCCUCCAGUGGCAAUGGGACUAACUUUCCCGAGAUGGGUCUGUCCCACACACUUUCCAUCUCAUCACUUGGCCUCUUGUUCUAACUCCCCGACUUGGCUGUGUCUCUGCUUUCUCCUCGGUGACACAGGGCUAAGAACACUCCCCUUGUCUGCUGCACAGGGCCGCUGUCUGGCUGAAAUGCAGUAACAUAAAUCAAUGUGUCCUGAAAGUGUGCAAGUGCUGCUGUUUUAUAAAAGAGUUUGUUUACUUAUUUUUAGAGGGGAAGGGAAGGAGAGAGGGAGAGAAACAUCAACGUGUGGUUGCUUCUUGUGCACCCCCUACUGGGGACCUGGCCUGCAACCCAGGCAUGUGCCCUGACUGGGAAUCGAACUGGUGACCCUUUGCUUCGCAGUCCCAUGCUCAAUCCACUGAGCCACACCAGCCAGGGCCAAGUGUUGCUAUUUUAGUACCUGGCCUUUUCUGAAGUUGGAAGAUGUUAAAAACAAAAAUGUUUUGCAAUUCAAAUUUUAAGACUUAGAAAAAAGUGGCUGGGAUGGAAUAAUUUUACAUAGAUGUAUUUCAUAGGACUUUAAAACUAAACAUUUUUCUAUGUUUUUAAAGUAUAAGCCGUUUGAUUCCAUAUAAACUGGUACCCAGUCACUAUUUGUUGAUAUGAACUAUAUUUUUAGAAAAAAUAACUGCUUUUAUCCAUACUCAAUGUAACUGUCUCUAUUUCACUGUCAGCCCCACUUCUUCCACGCUUUACAGCAGGGCUGUCAAACUCAUUUUCACCGGGGGCCACAUCAGCCUCACGGUUGCCUUCAAAGGGCUGAAAUAAUUCUAGGACUGUAGAAAUGUAACUACUCCUCAAUAACUGUUAAGGGGUUAAAAUUGCAUUUGGCUCAUUUUCACUAAUAAAUACAAAUUCCUUCUUCUAAGUUUGGAACAGCAAAUUAAAAUGUUGACUUAUAUAGUUGGACCUCUCGAUGUGUUGUUAACAAGAACUAAAGCACAAUGUUUUUUCGAAAAGAUGCUUUCAGGUGUGUAAACAUGGCCGGUACCACCAUCAGCAGCACAUGGGGUCGCAUCUGCAUCGCUUGUUCUCUGUUUCCAGUGGCUGUCAGUAUAAAAGUCUGCUGUUCCCUGUGAUCUUCCAGGCCUUUCCCUGCCUGUUCUAUGGCUGUGGUCGAACAAGUUUUGGCCUUCACGGUCUCCAUGCCCUGGCACUGCACCUGUAAAUAUGUGUUGUGCCUUUAUAGAUAAUAUUAAGGUGCUAACCAGGUGAGGACUAUUUGACUACAUAGGUCUUAAAAUCAGAAGUCAACCAGCCAGCUAUGCAGCGGAAGAAGAGGCAGGAGAUAUUUGAACCAUGAGCCUCCUGUGGCUGGCUUUGAUGAUGUGAUGAUGAAGGGAGUCAUGGUCCAGAUAAUGGUAAUGGCCUCUCAAACCUGCGAAUGACCCCUAGUCAAGAGCUAGAAAGGAAGCGGACCUCAGUCCCACAGCAGUGUGAAAUUCUGCCAUCAGCCUGAAUGAGACUUGAAAGAUUCUCCCCCAGACCUGAGCCCUGCAAACACUGAUUUGCAGCCUUGCAUGACUGGAAGCAGAAACACCAGCUAAGCCCACUGAAUUUCUGAGUUACAGAACUAUGAGAUAAAGUUGUGUUUGGGGAGUGAAUCAGCAUCAUGGCAGAGUGAAACAACCCCUUUGGUAUAUCUCCUUAAAUCAACAAUUAGGACAUUUAUAACCCAAUACAUUUUCCUCUGCUCAGCACCCUGGGACACCUGAAAGAGUCACACAUCAGCACAUCUGAAAGUGGGUGUACUGGCAUGCAUCGCAGAGGCAGAAGGUGGGGACUCUCUAAAUGCCAGGGUGGAGCCCGCAUCCCCAGCCAAUGCUGUGGUGCAGGACUUGGGCUGUGGCCCCUGCACCACAGCCUGGCAGGAGGUAUAGGCCAGCGUCAGCACCUGAGAACCUGGCUCCCUCGCAUGGAUUGUGGUCCUUCUGCCAGCAGAGCCUGUGGCAGCAGUGGAGACAGGCCUCCUAGCCACAGCACCAGCUGUCACAGGAAACCAGGUAAUAGCACAACACUCACAAAUCUGGUCACCCCCACACCUGCCACCUCUCCCUGCCAUGGUGGUGGUAACCCAAGGCCCAGGCAAUGCAGACACAGGGGCACCCACAACCCUCAUCACCCAGGCGGUAGUGAUGUCCUCCCGCGCCCCCCCCCACCACAAAGAUGCCAACAGCAUGGGGCACCAGAGAUGAGGAAGACACAGCAGCGUGCGUGGAAGGGAGAGCCGAAACCCAUCUUGUGGCAUCUUCUACUGGCAAACAAAAAACCUCUCAUUAUCAACCUGCUGAACUGUUAAACUCAACAUAGUACAUAAACACGGAGCACGUUCAUUACUUUAAAUGCUCCAGAAGAGGAACAACACAUUAAAUACCAUGAAUAACCAAAGUAGCACUGUAUUACCAAAAGAAAACUACAAUCCCCUAGAAACCAAAUUCAAAGUGAUGGAAGACUGUGAUGUAAAUGACAGAGAUUUCAAAACAGCAGUCAUAAAGAAACUCAACAUGAUACAAAAACCUCAGAAAGAGGGGACCCAGCAAUUCCACCUCUGGGAAUAUAUCCUAAGAAUCCCAAAACACUAAUUCAAAAGAAUAUAUGCAUCCCUGUGUUCACUGCAGCAUUAUUCACAAUAGCCAAGAUAUGGAAACAGUCCGAGUGACCAUCAGUAGAUGAGUGUAUAAAAAAGCCAUGGUACAUUUACGUAAUGCUAGACAGCUGUAAAAAAGAAGGAAAUCUUACAAUUUGCAACAGCAUGGAUGGACCUGGAGAGCAUUAUGUUAAGGGAAAUAAGCCAGUCAGAGAAAGACAAAUAGCAUACCUUCUCACUUAUAUGUGGAAUCUAAUGAACAAAGUAAACUACUAAUAAACAAAAUAGGAACAGAAGCACGGACCCAUGGAACAGACUGACAGCUGUCAGAGCAGGGUCGGGGGGAGGGGACUGGGUGAAGGUGAAGGGAUUAGCCAAAGACCACAU